GCCUCGCCUCGUUCAAACAUGCGCAGAAGAGAUCCGGUGCCCGGGAGGGCGCAUGCGUGUUGGGGACAAGGAAGAAAGAAGUGUGGCUUUCCGGAGCCGAGUGGGGCAUGCAGGCAGCUCUGGAAGUAACCUUGCGGUACUGCCACAAAGAAACCGAGCAAUAUGGCCGGUGUGUUGCUGCUAACCCUUCUUCCUGGCAGCAGGACUGUCACCAACUCAAACUUGAUAUGGCCAAAUGUACAUCAUCCCACCCAAUUGUUCAGAAGAUUCGCCGAGAUUGUGCUGAGCCAUUUACUGCAUUCGAGGAGUGCCUGAAGAUAAAUCAGAGUUCUUCAAUUAAAUGUUCUGAACACCUCCAAAAGUUUCUCCUCUGUGCUGACCAGGUGAAAUUGAAUACAUAAGCCUUUUGAUUUCUUCAGCAGAAACCUUGCUAUUUCUUGAAGGGGCAUUACGAUUAAAGAUUUGACCAACAAGGGCAGCAGCUUCUCACCUAUCAUGAAGAUAUCCUUCCCAGACAUCAGCAUCCUUCAUUUAUCUGCAGUGAUCCAAGAUACCACAGCUUGGCACAUUGAAAUUUAGCUGUGUUGACAUGACAGUGGAAUCUCAUCUUUAUUUACACACCCAGGUUUCUGGGGUAGAGAUUCCAUUAUGUUUGGAACUUUUGCAGGCACUAUACAGUAAACUGCAAAGAUCCCGAGUAAUCUUUCCUGACCCAAUUUUGCAGACAGAAUUGCAAUGUUUCAUGGUUCAAAGCAGAGUGAUCCAGGUAGAUUAAUGAACAGAAGAAAAAAGGAAUCUAAAUUGCUGUGGAACAUCUCUGAAAAUAUUUUGAUGUUCUUUCAUGGACUGUGAGACUUGCCUCAGGGUAUCCUCUUUAUGCCCAGCUAAUGGGCAGCACCUCAGCAACUUUGACCUGAAAAGUCUUGAACAAGGUCAGACUUAAUUUCUUAAUUGGAGAGUCACUAUAUAUGACCAUAGCUGUAUACCAGAUUGGGAAGAAAAAAAAGUCCACCCAUAUAAAUUAUUUUUUUAUUGUUACCAAGAAAACUACAUGUUCAAGACUACUUGGUCACUAGGAUACAAACUUGAUUCAGAAGAAACAUGAAUAGUGUACUUUUAUUCCAUUUCUGGUCAGUAGAGGGCACUCUGCAAACAUCAGAAUGUUCUUGAUUCUUUAUGAUUAUAUUGUAAAAGAUGACAAAAAAAAUGACAUUAAUGAAGUUCAGCGGUUGUCAGUCUUAAGUAUCCAGUGUUUCUGACUAGAUUUGUAUUCAUAACUCUGAAUAUUAUUGGAGUGAUGUUUGUAGAAUCUUAUAUGUGUCAAUGUGUUGUUUAUAUCACUUAGCCAAUGGGAUACGAGUUUUGGGAAAAAUGACCCAGUAUUCUGAAUUGUCAUGAUAGGGCAGGGGAAAUUAUUUGUAAGGAGGCAUGAAUAAAUGUGCAAGAAUGAGAAGAGUCAAAUGAAGACCUAAUGUUGAAUGGCCAUGAUGACUAUUUGAUGAGUGCCCUGUUAGAAGAUUUAAGCCUGUCAAUCCAUAUGCAGGCAUGGAAAAGCAGACACUGUAAAGCUAAAAGCAUGAUUGAUUUGAUUGUUUAUGAUGGCAGAUUGAAAUAAUUAGCGAACGAUAUAGGGUAUUGAGAGAUUCUGAAUAUGAGAUAGACCAUUAUCUGGUAGAAUUAAGAAUAGAUCUUAGAAAAUGAAUAAGGAAAAAAAAAUAAGAGAAGCAAGAGUGAAAGUGGAACAACUGAGGGAAGAGAUGUUACAGAGUUGCAGAGAAGUGUAUGGAUCUACAUUAAUAAAGAAUAUAGAAAUAAAUGUAUGAUGGAAUGAAGUUUUAGAAGAAAAACUGGAAGAAAAAAAUGCAAGAGGGAGAAUAAUUGCUGCAAAAAUUGAGGAUGAAGGGAAGAUAUUCCUGCAAAGAUACUGCAUUCUUUACAAAGAAUCUGUCUGUCUGUCUGACUAUCAUUGGAGUGGGAGGGAAAAUUCAGAUUUUGAUAAUAAUAAUAAUUGGAAAUAGAUCGAACAAAACGAGCAAAGUGAAUGCAAUUUAGAAUGAAGUGCUGAAGUCAUUUGGAAUGAAACUGAAGUUAGGAAAUGCAAGAAGUAUUUUAGACAUUUGUAAAAGAAUGAUGGUGAUUUGUUGAAGAGUAAAAUGGAAAUGAAUGCUAUAUUAGUAUCUGAAGCUUGAUGAAGGAAGAUGACAAACUCUGCAAAAUGUUGAAAAAUAGAAAGGUCGCAGGUAAUUGAUAGCACAAGUGCAGAAAUAUUAAAUUGUGAAUGUGAUUUGAUUUGAUUUGAUUAUGGAGUGAUUGUGCACUUGUUUAAUGUGUCGGUAUCCAUGCCUGUUAAUUGGAAGAAUGCUAAUUUUUUUCUCCUGUAAAAAGGAAAAAGUUACCAAGAGUGAACGUAAAACUCCUGUGAGAUUAAUUUGUUAAGGCUUCCUGGAAGAUACCAAACAGAAUUCAGAUCAAUAAGAAUAUAACAGGUAGUAAUCAAAAUCUGAAAAGUGCUUUAUGUGGGCAGCGUACUAAUAUGAAAUUGACAUGGCUUAUUGUGCAUUUGUUGAUUUAUAGAAAGCAUAAGAGGAAGGGGAUGGGCUUGAAUAUUCUUUUCUGCUUAUGGAGUUUGGUUGCUGAAUGCUUAAGAUCAGUAGAUGAUGGAAGAAAAGCAUGCAUGAAAAUAGAAUGCUUGGUGAAUGGUUUAACAAAGAAUAUGACAAAUAUGGAUUUAUUUACCUGAUCUGUUCAUGGAUAAUUGUAUAAAAAGCGUAGUGACUUUAGAGCUAUGCUAGUUGGGAAGUAGCUGAUGCCAUGUUAUUGGCCAAGGACAGAAUGAUUUGCAGCAGAUUGUAGGAUGCAGUAGGGACUAUGGAUCUGAACAUUAGUUAUCAAUGUCAACCUCACUAAGCUGAUCAGGCCCAAAAAUUAAUUUCACAGGAAGGCUAAAAUUAUUUUCAUCCGGCUUGGCUGACUAACGGAGUCUUGAAAACCUAAGUAUGCUGUAUUUCCUCCACCUUCUUUUCUUAUUCUUCUUCAUAUACUAUGAAUUAGGGAUGCACCUGCUUGAGCCGCUUCCAAAUAUAAUCUCAUUUCUGAAGACUUAAAA